CCAGCAUCCCAAAAACUGCAAAAAACAAAAAUGCCCAGUAAACUCCAUACCUGGUUCCACCGCAAGAAGAGCCUCCUCAAUCCCCAGCCCCAAACUCAAAACCCCCGAGAAGACCCAACCACACCCCCCCAACUCCCAGCCCACCGCGCCAUAACCCUAACCCCCCCAGCCUCUUCCCCAUCCCCAAACAGCAAUACCCCCAUCUUCAACCUCCUCCCCCCAGAAACCCGCCGCCGAAUCCUCAUCGAAGCCUUCGGCGAGCGCACAGUGCACAUCGAGCACUCAUUCGCGCACCCACGUGUCCUCUCCCACACAAACCCGGAGAAGACACACUGCGGCAUCAGCUCCGUGCCAAACCGCAGCGGGGGAUGGCGGACCCGCGACACAUCGCGCCCCAAGGCGUGGAGAUGGUUUAGUUGUGUGUGCCACCGCGACUUCGAGUGGUGUGUCCGGGGCCCGGGGAAAGGAACGGGGGUUCUGACGGAGCCGAGCGAAGACACGUGUUUGGAGGGGACGGCGGCGUGUUGUCGGUGGUGGUCUGGGGGGAUGCCAGGGAAGUGCUAUGUUGGUGUUUUAGGGUGGAUUUUGGCGUGUCGGCAGGCGUAUGUGGAGGGGAUUGGUGUCUUGUACGCUACGAACACGUUUAGUAUUUUUAAUGUUGAUAUGAUGCACACGCUCCCGAAAUUGAUUCGCGCUGAGCAUCGGGAAAUGAUUUCUUCGGUUGAGAUGAUUUGGCGACUUAAUCCGAGAUCACGCGGGGAGGGCUUGGAUGCGCUUAGUGCGCUGCUACGAAGGGUUCCGGAGACUUUUCCGAAUUUACGAAAUCUGUAUCUUUAUCCUGCUGGGAUCUGGAAUAUCGAGCCGUCACCUGACAAUGAAAUUGUGGUGGAGUUCGGGACCGACAUCCUAGAACUCGUAGAUGGAAUGGUUAGGAAAUUUGGUCCGCAGUUGCUGGUAUGCGAUAUCGUGAUACCUUUCAGAAAGUUUCAUGCGCAUUGGGUGGAUGGCAUUGGGAAGGGAUAUAAGUACGAACAUGGUGGAACUACGCGGUUAUCUGGACGCAUUUGGAGACCACUCGUGCGCGUACAACAGGACAACGAAGGAGACGAAUCGCUUCAAUCUGGGUAUUGGCUGAGGGAGGGACCUGAUGAUGUCCGCUAUCCAUUUGCGCAUAUGGUUCCUCCGUGAAGCACUGGCUCACAUUUGAACUACAUGGAUGAGACUUCUAUCUGGUGUUCUAUGCGUUGGAACAUGCCGCAGGCUCAGUAAUCCUGGUAGCAGAAGGUGUGCCAUCUUCUACAAAUGCCAUAGACUGUUGUGCAUCACCCCGGUGUUACCAACAGGAGCACACUGUACGCGCUAGAAACUAUGAUUGGUCUGCGUUAAAAAGAACCGCGAUGCUGCGCUGGACGUUUCUAGGGAGAAUAUGGGCUUGAUCAUGGGAACUCUGCACGACCAACCGCAACACAGCACGGGUUCCGAAUUUGGUGAUGGCUUGGUUUAGCUGGAUGUGUUGGAUCGAGAUGAGAUCGGUCACUUGGUUCUUGCAAUGGCCAACAAGCACGUGUCAAAAGCAACCUCGACGUCCCUUACUUGGAUAGCUCUCUAACUAAUAUCUUUUAGACACGACGGUCUCAUUG